AUGGAUUCUCUGUCAUGUGUCUGUAUAACAGCAAACCUAGGAGUGUGUCCAAGCACAAGAUAUGAAGCAGAAGUGUGUGCCUGGAUACGUUUCGUGUCGUGUGCCGAUGACAGUGACUGUGCCAACAAUGAGAAAUGCUGCAGCAAUGGAUGUGGACUUCAGUGUAUGGCUCCAGUUACAGCAAAGCCAGGAGUGUGUCCAAGCACAAGCUAUGUAGAAGUGAUGUGUUUCAUGAAGGGUGAAGAGUUGUGUGCCGAUGACAGUGAGUGUCCCAACAAUGAGAAAUGCUGCGGCACUGCAUGCGGUGGAACUCAGUGUACGGCUCCAGUUACAGCAAACCCAGGAGUGUGUCCAAGCAGAACAUAUGAACCAGGAAUGUGUGCCCUGAUACGUUUCGUGUCGUGUGCCGAUGACAGUGACUGUGCCAACAAUGAGAAAUGCUGCAGCAAUGGAUGUGGACUUCAGUGUAUGGCUCCAGUUACAGCUGCCUGCAGACUGCCUAUAGACGCUGGUCCUUGUGAAGCAUACAUGCCCAGGUGGGCCUUCGAUUCUGCUGCGGGAAAGUGUGUGUCCUUCAUAUAUGGAGGCUGCAAGGGAAAUGGCAACAGGUUCAACAGCCAGAAAGAGUGUGAGGAGUCAUGCGGAGUGAGAAACGUAAACCCAGGAGUGUGUCCAAGCAGAAAAUAUGAACGAGGAAAGUGUACCUUGAUACGUUUUGUGCCGUGUGCCGAUGACAGUGACUGUGCCAACAAUGAGAAAUGCUGCAGCAAUGGAUGUGGACUUCAGUGUAUGGCUCCAGUUACAGCUGCCUGCAGACUGCCUAUAGACGCUGGUCCUUGUGAAGCAUACAUGCCCAGGUGGGCCUUCGAUUCUGCUGCGGGAAAGUGUGUGUCCUUCAUAUAUGGAGGCUGCAAGGGAAAUGGCAACAGGUUCAACAGCCAGAAAGAGUGUGAGGAGUCAUGCGGAGUGAGAAACGUAAAGCCAGGAGUGUGUCCAAGAAGAAAAUAUGAAUCCGCAAUGUGUGCCCGGAUACGUUUCGUGUCGUGUGUCAAUGACAGUGACUGUGCCAACAAUGAGAAAUGCUGCAGCAAUGGAUGUGGACUUCAGUGUAUGGCUCCAGUUACAGCAAAGCCAGGAGUGUGUCCAAUCAGAAAAUAUAAACCAGUAAUGUGUCCCCUGAAGCAUUUCUUGCCGUGUGCCGAUGACAGUGACUGUGCCAGCAAUGAGAAAUGCUGCAGCAAUGGAUGUGGACUUCAGUGUAUGGCUCCAGUUACAGUAAAGCCAGGAGUGUGUCCAAGCAGAACAUCUAAACCAGGAAUGUGUCCCCUGAUGCAUUUCAUGUCGUGUGUCGAUGACAGUGACUGUGCCAACAAUGAGAAAUGCUGCAGCAAUGGAUGUGGACUUGACUGUAUGGCUCCAGUUACAGCAAACCCAGGAGUGUGUCCAAGCAGAACAUAUGAACCAGGAAUGUGUGCCCUGAUACGUUUCGUGUCGUGUGCCGAUGACAGUGACUGUGCCAACAAUGAGAAAUGCUGCAGCAAUGGAUGUGGACUUCAGUGUAUGGCUCCAGUUACAGCUGCCUGCAGACUGCCUAUAGACGCUGGUCCUUGUGAAGCAUACAUGCCCAUGUGGGCCUUCGAUUCUGCUGCGGGAAAGUGUGUGUCCUUCAUAUAUGGAGGCUGCAAGGGAAAUGGCAACAGGUUCAACAGCCAGAAAGAGUGUGAGGAGUCAUGCGGAGUGAGAAACGCAAACCCAGGAGUGUGUCCAAGCACAAGAUAUGAAGCAGAAGUGUGUACCUGGAUACGUUUCGUUUCGUGUGUCAAUGACAGUGACUGUGCCAACAAUCAGAAAUGCUGCAGCAAUGGAUGUGGACUUCAGUGUAUGGCUCCAGUUACAGCAAAGCCAGGAGUGUGUCCAAUCACAAACGAUGGAACAAUAAUGUGUUUAAUGAAGGGUGAAGAGUUGUGUGCCGGUGACAGUGAGUGUCCCAACAAUCAGAAAUGCUGCAGCACUAUGUGUAAUGGACUUGACUGUAUGGAUCCAGUUACAGUAAAGCCAGGAGUGUGUCCAAAGACAAACAGUGAAAUAAGGUGUAUCAAGAAGGAUGAAGAGUUGUGUGCCGAUGACAGUGAGUGUCCCAAAAAUCUGAAAUGCUGCAGAACUGCAUGCGGUGGAACUCAGUGUACGGCUCCAGUUACAGCAAAGCCAGGAGUGUGUCCGAAGACAAAGAGUGAAUUGGUAAAGUGUAUCAUGAUCGGUAAAGCGUUGUGUGCCGAUGACAGUGAGUGUCCCAAAAAUCAGAAAUGCUGCGGCACUGCAUGCGGUGGAACUCAGUGUACGGCUCCAGUUACAGCAAAACCAGGAGUGUGUCCAAAGACAAAGAGUGAAUUGGUAAAGUGUGUCAAGAAGGGUGAAGAGUUGUGUGCCGAUGACAGUGAGUGUCCCAAAAAUCUGAAAUGCUGCAGAACUGCAUGCGGUGGAACUCAGUGUACGGCUCCAGUUACAGCUAAGCCAGGAGUGUGUCCGAAGACAAAGAGUGAAUUGGUAAAGUGUAUCAUGAUCGGUAAAGCGUUGUGUGCCGGUGACAGUGAGUGUCCCAAAAAUCUGAAAUGCUGCGGCACUGCAUGCGGUGGAACUCAGUGUACGGCUCCAGUUACAGCUAAGCCAGGAGUGUGUCCAAAGACAAACGCUGAAGUGAUGUGUAAAAAGAAGGGUGAAGAGUUGUGUGCCGAUGACAGUGAGUGUCCCAAAAAUCUGAAAUGCUGCAGAACUGCAUGCGAUGGAACUCAGUGUACGGCUCCAGUUACAGCAAAACCAGGAGUGUGUCCAAAGACAAAGAGUGAAUUGGUAAAGUGUGUCAAGAAGGGUGAAGAGUUGUGUGCCGAUGACAGUGAGUGUCCCAAAAAUCUGAAAUGCUGCAGAACUGCAUGCGGUGGAACUCAGUGUACGGCUCCAGUUACAGAUACUAAGGUGUGCAGUUAUUUUCAGGGAAACACUAAAGUAGUUCCAGGCAGGUCUUGA